AUGUAGACAAAAGAAUUGUUCGGAAAAUGAAAUAUUAAUUAAUGGGACAUGUUUAUCUCGCGUGAUUCCCGGAGAACAAUGUAAGGAUUCAGCGCAAUGUUUAGACGGAUCAAAGUGUUCUUCCAUCAGACAUGCUUGCAUUUGUCUGGAAGGAAUGAAUAAUAUUGGUGGAUACUGUCGAAAAUUGUCUUACACUGAUCCAUGUGAUUCUGUUUCUCUGGUAUAUGCUAAUGAAAGUUGCGUACCGAUCGUAAAGCCAGGCGAUCAGUGUAUUUAUGAUUUGCAAUGCCUCGGUGGAUCUCUUUGCACAGAUGGUUAUUGUAAUUGUCGUCCGGUUACUACAAAUAUCAAUGGAUACUGUGUUGGAUCGAUGUUAUGUAAUCAUCAUGAAAUAUUUUUGAAUAAUCAAUGUUUCAAACGACUUACUCUCAAUGAAUCAUGUCUGAUAAGUCAACAAUGUCCUAAUAAUGCUAUAUGCAAUUAUGAGGCACGAUGUGUUUGCCCGAUAGGAAUGGUGGUGAAUGGACGAUGCGUAAAAAGACGUGUUCCGGGUACCACAUGCAUUGCUAAUGAGCAAUGCUUAGAUGAAUCAAAUUGCUCGAAUGGAUACUGUAAAUGUGCUAAUGGUACUAAACUUCUCUCAAGAUACUGUAUUCGGCGUAAUGGAACUGAAAAAUGUGAUACCUAUCAAACUUAUGUAAAUGAAAAAUGCUUAGAUCUAGCAAUACCAGGCGAAGAUUGUAUUGAUGAUUUACAAUGUCUUGCAGCUUCAAUAUGUCGUGCAGAUAAUUUGACUUUUUUUGAUGUUGACUUUCAAUUAGGUAAAUGUGUAUGUCCAAAUGGAUAUAUUGAAGUGAAGAAAUACUGUGUUCGAGAUCUUAGACCAUCAACGGGAUGUAAUAACAAUCAGGUUUUGAUAAAUGGUCAUUGCUAUGAUUUUGCAAAAAUUGGUCAAUAUUGUAUCAACACAGCUGUUUGCUUAGGUGGUUCCAUUUGUUACAAUAAUUACUGUUCUUGUCCAAAGGAUACAAUUGCUCAAAAUGGACAGUGUCGAAGAGAACAACGUUGUCUCGAGAAUGAAAUUCAAAUAAAUGGAAAAUGUUAUCCACGGAUUAAUAUUGGACAGCAUUGUCAAUUUACUAAGCAAUGUACAUCAAUUGCAACUUGUCAAAAUAACAUCUGUAUCUGUCCACCAGGUACCGUAUCACAAAAUAACAUUUGCAUAUCAUCUGGUCCAUGUGCUACUGGACAAAUAUACAUUGCUGAAAGUUGCUGGGACAUAGCCUCUAUUGGAGAGGAAUGUGAGUUCACACAACAAUGUCAGGGUUAUUCCACAUGUAUCAAUGAUAGAUGCCAAUGUCCUAGCGAUACCGCGGUGCGAAAUGGAUUAUGCACUAAAGAACAGUGCAAUAGCAAUGAAGUUAUGAUCGAUGGAAUAUGUUUCAAUACAGUAAAAAUUGAUGAUUUUUGUUAUCAUACGAAACAAUGUCAAAGAAAUGCGACUUGUCAAAGAGGUAAAUGUACAUGUCCGCCAGGUACAAUUAAUUCUAAUAAUACCUGUAUUAUUAACACAAAAUGUCAGCCGUAUCAGAUUUCCGUCAAUGAUACAUGUCUUGAUACUGUCUCUAUUGGAAUGACUUGCCAAGAUAAUUCUCAAUGCAUCGAAUCAGCAAGUUGUGUGCCAGGAAUAAAUUUGAUCAAUUCUAAUAAUCGAACAUGUCAGUGUAAUAAUGGUAUGAUAUUUAAUGGUGCCAAAUGUCUGGCCUCACCGAUUAAAUGUCCCGUAUCUACCGUUUAUGUUGUUGGCAAAGAGAAUUAA